CCAUCUGGAAAGGCGGAAAGGCAAAGAGAAAGAUCAGAACACUGGAGGCCUGGGUUUGCGGGCUGGAGGAGGUUAGGGGCCGCAAACGGAAAGCUGCACAAAGAUAAUCGGCUGUCGCAGGAAAAGGUAGUUUGCCCGAGUACACUGGAGCACCUGGCACCAUCCAGGCACUAACCAUUAAGUUCUUCCCGGUCCUCGAUUCCCCGGGUGCGAUAUCGGUGCCAUCUUGGCUUCUCCUGGGCUGAAGGUUCAGUCCCUGCUGUCGAUGAAACGGCGCGCCUCCGCAGACUCUGAGCUGCGACCUGCGGUAAUCCCCGGUAGGGACAAGAAGUGCAACGCCUCUUGAGAAAAGUCCAAGUACUCCAAAAUUUUAGCAAUGACUCCACCACCUCAGAGUGCAAGUGUAGACCGCAGCCCAGUGCUUAGUGCAUCCAAGAAUGUUAAUGUUUACACUGCAUGGGCUCUGGCCGCGACAGUGGCUCUGCUGUGCUCCACCUCGGGGCUUCUGGUUACAAGUACUCUACACAAGCUUAAGUGUUCCCUGUGUUGGGCUCCUGCUGUGGGCCUGGGCAAGUUUCCACCUUUUCCCUGCCUCCUCCUUCUUCCACAUUUUCUCCCAUUUUCUAGAAAUAAAAUCGUAAUCUUGUGCUCAGAAAUAAAUAAAACUUUAUUGUUAAAUAAAAGAGGCAGGCCAGAAUGAGGACUUUAUGGUUCUCCCUUCAAGAUGUGUUUUGCAGACGCUCCAGAAGAUGUUAAUAUCCUGAGCAUUGGAAAUAGCUUCCAAUAAUAGGCCCUAUGCUUGGUAUCGUACUAUGAUAUUGGUCUAUCCUAUUUUUCCCUUUGCAACUAUCAUUAUCUUCAGCACCAUUUUAUGAAAGAAAUUUUCAUGGGCCGCUAAGGGUGUCUGUCAUGGGGCUUAGGUACCUUACCUACUGUAUCUAAUGGAUAAGUGCCCCUGCCUCAUAUUUCUGCAAGAUGGCUAAGAAAUCAGCUAAAAAAAAAAAAAAAAAAAAGGUGAUUAAACAAUUCACUUUCAAAAAGAUGUCAAGGGAUGGCAAUCUCACAGCCGCUCUCUGACUUCAACCAAAAUGUUGCCUCCUCCAUCUGACUUUUGUUGGAGUCUGCACCCCUCUCCUUCUCUUGCCUAAUCAGUUCAUGAUCAAUUUUCAGCCUUGGAUCAAAUGCUGCAUGAGAGACAUGUAAGAGUUUUAAUCAUGGGGUGCAGUAGACUAGCUGAGACAUCUGUGACAGCUCGAUGUUCUUCCACAUCUCAGAUUUCUACAGUGUACCCCAGUGUUUUCUCACCUUCAGUCACUCAUAGGCACCUUAGGUACCCAAUGGAACCCUCGUCCUAAGCAAAAAUAGCCACAAAUCACGGCCUGAUGUAACAGAUUUAUGUGAGCAGCGACCCUAGAACCAGACUGGAUAUCUGAAUCAUGGCUUCACUCACCACCUGCUAGCUGGCUAAUCUGGGAAAGAGAGAGAGUGAUUGUUAUCCUCCGGGAGCAUGUAAUGAAGAUAGAGCAUCUUCUUGUGAAAACAAUACAUGUACCACGUUUCUAUGUACGUAUAUGUGCUUCCGUCAGUAAGCCUAUGUUGGCUGCUGCAUGUAUGAGCCCUGGGCCAGGAAAUGUGCCAGAAGACUGUGUCUUUCACUCAGCAGAUCGAUUUUCUUUCUUGGCCUAAUAUAUUUUAUUCUUAGAUACCAGAUAAUGUAAUAAACAUUACCAUGUAUUAAGUACCUACUCUGGACCCAACCCAAGAACAAGCCUUAUGAAAGUGAUAUAAGCAGGGGCACGAUGGUGUAAUUCACAUUUUCAUCAUCAGAUCACUCUGGCUGCUGGGUGGAGAAUGUUUAUAGGAGAAAAAAGGUGAAAGCAGGGAGACAGGACAUUAAUGCAUUAUCCCAGGUUUAAGAUGACAGUGAUUAUCUUAGGCAUGUCAGAGAAAAAAAUUAAAGGUUUGGGAAUGGGUUUCUGAGGUGGGGUCAACAGGAUUUGCUGAUAAAUUGACUAUUUGGAGUUGAAGAAAAAGAAUAAGACAGUCUAUAUGUAACCAAGUACCUCUUUUUUAAAGACUCAAAUGAAUUAUUUUUUCCUUUUUCCUUUCCUCACACCUCCUACUUAGCUCUUUGGGAAUGCCAUUAUAACCUUUACCUUCUCUCCACCAGACACUCCCUACACAGCAAGCUUAUCUAACUACGUGUUUACUUAGAAGUUACAGAGACUGAACCUUAAAGCAAACCAGGAACCUCCAGAACUCUCUCCUACCAGGAGGCAAAUUGAGAUUGCCUCAAUUUACAACCUAGCUCUGCCCAUGACGGUGCCAGCCAGACCACCUGAUAGAUAAGACAUCCGAAGCAAGUCACACAGACUCCACACUCCAUCGCCCUCUCCCCUGCAUGUCGUUCAUGCCAAGCCCCCCUUUCAAAGCUCCUGCCUUCUGCCCCAAAGGCUGUAGUGGCUUCCUUAAGGCAGCCUGUACUAAUCCCCUCAGCUAGCUCUGGAAUAAAGCCACUUUCUUUUACCAGAUGUCAUUCUUGUUCAUUGGACUUUGCAAGUGGCGAGCAGUUAGAGCUGUGUUCAGUUACACGUAUGCUUUGCCUCAUUGAACUCUCAUGAAAACCCAAUGAUCGAGACACUGUUGUUAUCUCCAUUUUAUAGGUGAAGAAGCUAAGAACCAGAUAGAUUCAUCCAGUGUCCCAGGACACACAGUGAGUCAUGCUUCGGAUCUGUGCUCCUAGCUGAUGCCUCCCAUUACUAGUAGUCCUUUCCUGCUCCCUACAAUGUACAUUUCUUCAUUUCUUUUUCAAUUUUCUUAUUAUCUAUUUUUCUUCUUCUUCCUCUCUCUUUUUCACUAGGGAUAGAAUGCAAGGAUCUCACUUAGCCUAGUGGAUGGCAGUCAAUUAAUGGGGCGAGUGGCUUAGUCCUGCCAUACUGGUUCCCUGCAUGCUGCCAAGUGCAAGGGCUUUUCCAUGCUCAGAAUCACCAUGAAGACCAGAGCUCUCUCUCGCUGCAGACGCCACGGGGUUUGUGUAAGGGGCGCAGCACUCCAGCCAUGGCACGUUCGCUCGUCCAUGACACCAAGUUCUACUGCCUGAAUGUAUACCAGGUAAAAAUAAGCUCCACACCUGAGCUGGGGGCAGCAUCAAGGGUAGAAGGCCAUGUUGGCCAAGGAGCUCCAGGCCUCAUGGGUAAUAUGAACCCUGAGGGCGGCGUGAACCACGAGAAUUACAUGAACCGCUAUGGCGGCAUGAUCCACGAGGGCGGCGGUGGAAACCAGGGGCCUAGGCAGCUGCAGCAGCCCCUGGAGGAGCCGGCCCAGGCGGCCAUGGAGGAUCCGCAGCCCGAGAACAUGCAGCCACGAAUUCGGCGCAAGAAGUUCACGCCGUUGCAGGUGCAGGAGCUGGAAAGUGUUUUCCAACGCACUCAAUACCCUGAUGUGCCCACAAGAAGGGAACUUGCCGAAAACUUAGGUGUGACUGAAGACAAAGUGCGGGUUUGGUUUAAGAAUAAAAGGGCCAGAUGUAGGCGAUAUCAGAGGGAAUUAAUGCUCGCCAAUGAACUACUUGCUGACCCAGACAACUGUGUCUACAUCAUCUUGGACGAGCCCUAGAAUGCCAUCCUUCUUCAGGAGCUAGUUUGGAGAUGGGUUUUUCUGGUGCCACUGACACCUGGGCUGCCCAUGCCGCUCAGGCUACCCUUAUUCUCCUCUGAACUUAUGUUAUCAAUAAAGAGGCAAAUUC